AAUCCCAAGCUCUUCGUGGACACCAUCAUUCAAGUUCAGAAGAAGAAUCUUGAUCUGGUGCUUUCGGGCUUUUCCAUGGACCCAGCUUUCACAAGGGCUCUGGAUAAGGGCUCAGACCGUUUUAUCAACCGGAAUGCCGUGACCGACCUGGCUGGAAGUCCUCGAAAGGGACCAGAGCUUCUCGCAAAAUACGUGGACACGCUAUUAAAAAAGGGCGUCGAUCUCAUCGUGGGUGUUGACUCCUGGCGUGAUUGUUUCUCGGCCUUUUCGCAGUGUUUGCACGCGCCAUGCUAUGUCUCCCUCUCACUCUCUUUCUCUCUCUACCCCACUCAUGUUUCCCACAUCGCAUUUCUGAUCACCUCUCUUCGCCACCUCCUGCCCCACACAUCUCCCUGCGCUCUCUUCGUACGAAUAUAA